CCUCUCCCUUCUCCUGUUGUUCCCUAUGGUGGCGGCGGCUUCUUCCCCACUUCCUUCCAAAUCCUCCUCUCUCCCUUCCUUCCUCAGAUCUGCACGGGGCGAGCUCCACCGGCCGGACGAGGGCCGGGCUAGCUGGAGCUCCGGCGAGCGGCACCCUCCUUUAUCCCUUUCCCCCGUCAAGCUCGCUCCUCUCUCCCUCCUGUCCCUCCUCAGAUCCACUCCUCUCACUCUCCACAAACACCGCCCACUCAGAUCCUCUGUGGCCCCGCCGCCGUCCGUCGCCACCCUAUCCUCCUGUUAGUGCGCCUCCACGCCGACAAGCCCCCUAGCCUCGCCAUCUCCUCACCUCACCCGCCCUCCCCCUCGCCAUCCCUUCCCCGGCGCCCAGCCAUGGGGGCAUGGCUGGAGCAAGAUCCAGCCAUGGCGGGCCCAGGUCCGGCCGCCUCCUCGGCUUCGUGCUGCAAGGCGGUGCUGCAAGAAGCUGGCCUCUCGGCCACUCGAGCCAGGCCGGCACGCGCGACGGUCGCCCACGCCCCGAGCCACGCGACCGCCUGCUUGUGAGCGCAUGGGCCUGCUCGCCCCUUCCACGCAAGCCUGGGGCCUGCUCGUCCGCCCGGGUGCCGUCCAGGCCAUGCGAGCCUGGUGCCGCGCACCUGCUCACCUUCAUCGACGCGCAGUCCCGACUGCCCCUUCUUUGCUUUCUUGUUGUCUCACCUCCUCUCUGCUAUCGCUUUCAUGUCAUCUACCCUCCACUCUCUUCAUCUCCUGUAUUUCUUCUUUGCAGUGGUGGUUUCUCUGCUCCCCUGGUGCGCACAGUACACGACUGGGAUCUAUGGUCUUUGCUUGGUCAGAGAAUUGCAGAUCUUUUUCCCCUCUUUCCCUGUCUGAUAUGUCGCCCAGUUGGAUUCAUUUGUGCUGCUGUGGUAAAGAAAUGAAGAAAAACCUUUCCUUCAAUCCCUGAUGGAGAUCGUUCAAGGCACCUAUGGUGAUUGCGUCUACUGUGUAGGGUCAGAUGGCUUGUUCUAAGUCAGAUAUGAGCAUGUUUAAGCUACAGGGUAAGGUGGUCUUUGAGAUUGCAUGCUGUUGCUGCUAGUUUCGUAGUGGACUGGUUGAAAAUUGCCAUGGUGCAAUUAUUGUAAGAUCUUGUGCUAGAUUAAAAGUUAAGACUAUGGUUUCAUGCUGAAUGAAAACUUAUUUUCUUGUAUGUAUAUGCUUAGAUGGAUCAAAACUUAUUUCAUGUAAUGAAUGAAAUAUUUAAUCUGUUGUGUUUA